UCCCGAAAAGCCAACCCAACUCGAUCUCCACGGCUGAGUCCUCUCAUCAUAUCUCCCCUAUAAUGGAAACUGAAUUAAAACAUCUGUGGUACGUCUGUCUUCGGUACUUUUCCGCUUCCAUCUCAGCAGUAGCGUUUGUCUAACGUGUCUCUCCUCUUCGCUAAAUAACUUCUUCUUUCCUGGUAUUUUUUCUUUCUCCCCCUCCCCACACACACCCGCUUUCAGAAAUAACCAAACCUUGCGACUUGUAACAAAACUGCUCUGGAAGAAGGUCGUGUUUUCUUUGGAUGGAGGAUUUUGAAUCGUCUCACUCUCUUUCCCCAAAACAGCACUGGCCUUCCUUUCCUUAGAAACUCCCUCACUGUCUUCCCUUUAGAUGGUGAAUGAGCUGAAGUCAAGCUGAUUGUGAAGGUGCUGGACUUGUUCCCCCCUACGCCCCAAGCCGGACACAGCAUGGCGGCGGGAGUAGCAGCAUGGCUUCCCUUUGCCCGGGCGGCAGCGAUCGGCUGGAUGCCCGUGGCCAACUUGCCCAUGCCAGUGGCCCCCACUGAGAAGAAUAAGCGGCAGGAUGAGGUAAUCAUUCUUAAUGUCAGUGGACGGCGCUUCCAGACCUGGAGGAACACUCUGGACCGCUAUCCAGAUACCCUGCUGGGGAGCUCAGAGAAGGAGUUCUUCUUCAACGAGGAGACCAAAGAGUAUUUCUUUGACCGGGACCCUGACGUGUUCCGCAGCGUUCUCAACUUCUACCGCACAGGCAAGCUCCACUACCCACGCUAUGAGUGCAUCUCCUCCUAUGAUGAGGAGCUGGCUUUCUUUGGCAUCGUCCCAGAGAUCAUCGGUGACUGCUGCUAUGAAGAGUAUAAGGAUAGGAAGAGGGAGAAUGCAGAGCGUCUGAUGGAUGACCAGGAGGACAACAAGGACUCUAAACUUCCCAACAUGACCUUCAGGGAGACCAUGUGGCGAGCUUUUGAGAACCCCCACACUUCCACCAUGGCCCUUGUCUUCUACUAUGUCACUGGCUUCUUCAUUGCUAUCUCCGUCAUUACCAAUGUGGUGGAGACUGUGCCCUGUGGCUCGUCGCCCAACCAGAAGGAGGUGCCAUGUGGUGAGCGCUACACCGUGGCCUUUUUCUGCAUGGACACGGCCUGUGUCAUGAUCUUCACCGUGGAGUACCUAAUGCGCUUGUUCGCUGCACCAAACCGCUACCGCUUCAUGAGGUCCGUCAUGAGUAUCAUUGACGUGGUGGCCAUCUUGCCCUACUACAUUGGCCUUGUGAUGACUGACAAUGAGGACGUUAGUGGAGCUUUUGUGACGCUCCGUGUUUUCCGCGUGUUCCGUAUCUUUAAGUUCUCCCGUCACUCGCAGGGCCUGCGCAUCCUGGGCUACACACUAAAGAGCUGUGCCUCGGAGCUGGGCUUCCUGCUCUUCUCCCUCACUAUGGCCAUUAUUAUCUUUGCUACUGUCAUGUUCUACGCAGAAAAGGGUUCAAGCUCCAGCAAAUUCACCAGCAUCCCAGCCUCCUUCUGGUACACCAUCGUUACUAUGACAACACUCGGGUAUGGAGACAUGGUUCCUAAGACGAUUGCAGGGAAGAUCUUUGGUUCAAUCUGCUCUUUGAGUGGGGUGCUGGUAAUUGCCCUGCCUGUCCCUGUCAUCGUGUCCAACUUUAGUCGCAUCUAUCACCAGAACCAGAGAGCAGACAAGCGGCGGGCGCAGAAGGUACAGAAAGCCCGCUUGGCCAGGAUACGAAUAUCCAAGACAGGAAGCUCCAAUGCCUUCCUCCACAGCAAGCGCAAUGGCCUGUUCAACGAAGCUCUGGAGUUCACGCAACUUCCAUACAAGAUGAACCUUUCAGAUCAGAGUUCCACUGAGGAAGAACAGCGGUUAACCAAGUCUACCUCUCUAUUAGAGAGCCAGCACCACCACCUGCUGCACUGUCUGGAGAAAACUACUAACCACGAGUUUGUGGAUGAGCAGUAUUACCAGCAGAGCUACCUGGAGGCGGGGUUGCAGAAUUAUCCGUCUCGAAGCCCCUCCCUCUCCAGCCGAGAUGGCGUGACGGGCACCUGCUGCACCCGCCGAAGCAAGAAGCACCACACCCCUUUACCGAAUGCCAGUGCCCCAGCACACAUGCAGCCUUUGACACACACACACACACACCAACAAGGCUUGCAAGAGCUCAGCACCAUCCAUAUCCAGCCCCUCAGCACCAGCCGCUCCAGCCUGAACAUGCGUGUAGAUGAGCCAGCACCCCUGAACUGCCAGAGCAGCCAGAUCACCACAGCAAUCAUCAGCAUUCCCACACCGCCAGUGACAACUCCCGAGGGUGAUGCUCAUCUCCCCGCAGGCCCCACCCACCAGAACGUUGUGAAGGUGUCUGCACUGUGAAGAAAAGAGUGCAGGCACGUCACACAGAAAGACAGAUAAAGACUCAUCGAGAACAGACUGAGGGACAGAGGAGGACUGGAAAUGAUGGAGGAGAAGACGUUUAGAGUCCUAGUCUGGCCAUGGUGGAGCCUGCCCUCUGCUGGUCAUGUACUGUAAUGACAUGGACUCCUUUUACUGGUGGAGGAUGGCUUUUAGAUACAGUACAUUCAUGGUAGUGGUUUGGCAUGUGUGCGCAUAUGCGUGUGUGUGUGUGUGUGUGUGUGUAGGGGUGAAAGAGUGGGGAAUAUAUGUAGGGAGUCAUCAUGGAUGAGGAGGCAUGUGAGUGUGCCUCCAAAGUGUCGGAGAUGAGCUCCCAGAGUAAGUGAUGUGUCACUGUGCACAAAGCACCUUUUCAUGAUUUUUGCUUCAGUUUGACUCUUACAGUCUUUUUUUUUUUUUGCAGGAUAUAUAAGGGAAAAGCAAGGAAACUCAAAGGGAAAGAAAAAAAAUACAUUAUCAAAACGAUAAGCGAUUUUCCCACUGAUUUAACUGCCCUUUUGUGUCAUUUUGAUCCACUCACCUGUUAAUAGAUAAGUAUGACACCUUUCCCUUUCAGGUCCAAUAUUAUUCCACUUGAGUGAAAAUUCUUUAAAAGAUGAAAUAUGGUCAGUGUGUAUGUGAUGGCGUUACCAAUGAGUUUCAUAUUUGUGAAUGAGUGUAUGUGAAUUUUUUGCUAGAUAGAGGAAUUGUUGCGUUUCGGGUAGGAGGUGCGUACCUCUAUGUGUGAGUGUGUGCGUGUGAAUGUGUUUGUCUCAGUUGAUUGAAAACUCGUGUUUCAAUUCUGCUGGAAGUCUCUAUGGCUCAGUAUAUGGUAUAUUUGACUAGCUGCCACUCUGAAGGGUUCAUCGUACACAUUUCUGUCCCAAAUUCUCAGCUACAAGCCUUUUACACAAUAUGUGCCUGUUUUGCUGGAGUAAAAAAGAGAUUUGUUUUUAUAUUUUGAUUAAUCCUGCCCCCCUGUUCUGCUCAACAGACCUCAAAUAACUUAAUUCUCUAACAAAGAAACCAAAAAAGGUACAUUUUGAAUUUAAACCACAACAAUUAAAAGCACAAGGCGUUUUGCUGGGAAUUUCUGACAUGACUCUGUCCUGAGCCCUGGUUCUUUGUGAAUAUUGUUAAUAGAAUAUUUUGUAAUAUUUGACCAUCGUUUGGCAGAACCAGUGAAGCUGUCUUCUCGUUCUCUCUCCCUCAGUCUGUCUUCUUCUCUCUCCCUCUCUCUCUCUCUCUCUCUCACUCUCUCUCUCGUUGUUGUCCUGUUGUAUCCCUACCUCCUGUGUGAACAACAGUAUGCUUUCAGUAGUCUUUAUAGCUGUCAACGUUUUUUCUUCCCCAAACUCAGCGGGCAUUUUUCAAAGUUGUUGAGUAUGUGUACUCUAUGUGGUUAGGAAACUUGGUGUUUGUACUUUUUGUCCUCCUUGAUGUUUCAAAAGGAUUUUAUUUACUUUAUCUUCUGGAGAACUUAAAGCAGGGAAGUCUGUUGUAACGGUGACUACAGAGACAUGGAGGACACUGGAUGAGCUAUCCACAGAUCUCUGUCACCAAAAAAAGCGUGCUAUUCUGUCUGUUCUCUCAACCUGCAACCCCGACAUGUAACUUUAGUAUUACCUAUCAUCAAAUCCCAUCAAAGUUGACCUUUGUAACUAUGGACGCUGACCUUUUUAGCUCUGCCAUCCUCCUAGCUGAUGCCUCUCUGUUGGCCUUUUUCAUCUUGAAUGUCAUUGUAAGUCAAACAGCUACACAUUCAGCUAGGUCUGUCCUUUGGGUGGAUUAGACCACUGCUGUGGUUUCUUUCCAAAACAGGGGAGAGGAGCUUCAGUCACAAUAGACUAAGCACCUACUUCUGUUCCACAUAGAUGAAAUCAAAUGUUGAACAAGAGCACACAGACAGGGCUGGAGAUGCACUGAUAUAUCAGCAAACUAUCCAUAUCAGCGAAGAGCAGAGCAUAUUUCAAAAGCAAUACUGGAAUUGGUCUACUAUUGUCUGCCCAUAUGUAGCUGAUUUUCUAGAAGUAGGUUGUAUUUAAAACUGUCAAACUAGCAGCAAAAUGUAUCAUGUUUUUUUUUUUUAGAACAGUAUUUAAGUACCUUAAUAUGGAGACAUCUGAAAAGCUUACGCAGUUUUACACAUGCAUUUUUAAUAAGACUUACAAAAUAGUAUAGCAUAAUUGGUACCACAUCAGUGCAUCACUACACAAGACCCUGUGGUUACCCUUAGACUCCUCCGUUGAGCUUUAGUUCUCCCUGACUCUGAAGUUAGUACCAACCCAAAGAAAGCCAAAUAUAUCCUACAGAGUUUAAACAGGAAGAGUUUUAAGUCUGAUAUUCCUAGCAGUGACCUAGAAUUAUUGCUGGUAAAUUAGUACUGUACCCAGUGACAGCAGCUGCCUAGAUCCAGUAUUAGCGUAUUAAACAGUGUGCAAAUUUACCUGGAGUAUAAAAAAAAAUAAUAAAGAAAGAAAUAAAAGAAGACAAGCACAGACAAGCAGAGCUUUUUCAUUGUAAUUUUAAAAGUGGGGUUGAAGACAUUGACUUCAUAUUCACAGCAUCAAGUCCGACAUUUAGAAUCUACCGAGAGAUACAACGAGGGUAUGACAUAGGUAAUGGCAGAAGUGAGAUUCCCUGUAUUAUUUGUUGCUAGGACAGUGAUUAAACGUGAUUUAUUUACCGCUUCCCUGUUUCAAGACAGGUUGUUUCAUGUCAGCUGCACUUUCAAAUGACAGUUUGAAUUAUAAUGUAAGCAUAUUUCCGCUCAAAGUGUCAAAGGAUUGCGUUUUUGUUUUUGGGUUUUUUUUGUUUUUUUUUACAAACAACAAAAACAGAGGUCUGUGAUUGUGUUUGUCUCUCUCUCUCUCUUUCUCUGUUAUGUACUCUCUUUUGAUUGUCUUUUUUCUGGGCUCAGUCAGUUUUCCUCUCACUCUUUGCUUUGCCCUCCUAUGCCACCUGUCAUUGUUGAGACUAAUGCUGUGCGUAU